AUACUGAUCCUCGAACCACAGAAAAUCUACAUGCCGAGCUACGUGUCGAUCCACAUGGACGCGGAGCAAAAGUCGAUCGACAUUUCGAACAUUUGCCAGCAACACGCGAAGGGCAGCUGCCUGAAGUUGCACGACUUCAACUUUCUUGCCAGCCAGAUCAAGUCGGUCAGCCUGUACAAACGGGAUGAACGCUGCGCCUACUUGUACGUCCAUCAGAACUCGGACGAUUUCCAGAUAUACUUCCCGUCCGCCCAGUGCCGCCAAACGUUUUACGACCUGAUCCUGGAAAUGACGGCCGACCAGGGUUCGGGUUUCAUUGAUUUGUCCUCCGCCGACACGACAGCUGACGAGCUGAAGUACGAGUACGAGACAGAUGAUCAAGGACGGCGCAUCAUCCUCGGUAAGGGUACGUACGGCGUUGUGUAUGCUGCCCGCGACCUCACCACGCAGGUGAAAAUUGCGGUGAAGGAGGUUCCUGAACGCAACACCCACGACGUGCAGCCACUGCACGAAGAAAUCAAGUUACAUUCACAGCUGCGUCAUCGCAACAUCGUCCAGUACUGGGGUUCCAAGUCGGAGCACAAGUAUUUCAAAAUCUUCAUGGAGCAAGUGCCGGGCGGAUCGUUGUCGGCGUUGCUGCGAUCCAAGUGGGGUCCGCUCAAAGACAACGAAACAACGAUCGCGUUCUAUUCGCGUCAAAUACUCGCGGGAUUGAAGUACCUGCAUGAUCAGAAGAUUGUACACCGCGACAUCAAGGGGGACAACGUGCUUGUUAACACGUACAGCGGCGUGGUGAAGAUAUCUGACUUUGGCACCUCUAAGCGGCUGGCUGGCAUCAAUCCAGCAACAGAGACGUUCACCGGUACAUUGCAGUACAUGGCGCCCGAGGUGAUCGAUCAGGGUGUUCGGGGCUAUGGGCCAGCAGCUGACAUCUGGUCCUUUGGGUGUACCGUGGUCGAGAUGGCAACCGGCAAACCACCGUUCAUCGAGCUCGGUUGCCCGCAAGCGGCUAUGUUCAAGGUUGGCUUCUACAAGACCCAUCCAACCAUCCCCGAGGAGCUGUCCGAACGAGCCAAAACCUUCAUCCUACGUUGCUUCGAGGUAAACGUAGACAAACGAGCCACGGCCGCCGGUCUGCUUGAUGAUCCAUUCCUUUGCGACAUGACCAAAAAGAUGCGUCCGUCGAUCAGCAGCAGUAGCCCGAGCGGACCCAUUGGUGGCGGUGGCGGAAUGCCGCCACCCGCCUUUUCCGGUUACGAAUUUGGUCGCAGCGUUAGCAUGCCUGCGGACCGACAGGUCACGAAAACGUUGACCUCACAGCAAAGCACAGUCAGCUGCAACACACCCACGAUCAGCACUGAGACGAACAGCAACCCUACAACACAAUCGGUCUCGCUCCGGAAGAACAAGCAUCUCUCCCAUCUGACACCAAUCAAGAUGCCUAAACAAGGGGGCGCCAACAGUAUCGGGAACCUCGCCGAAACACCAUCAUUGGAAAUCGAGCCAGCAUCGGAGACUCCGACCACAUUUCAUUUGAACCGUCGCAGUUCCACCGGAGUACUGCUUUCACCAGAGGUUGAGCUGACGACAUCGACGACGAGUAAGUCGCCCCUGGGUGGCGAAGCAAACGAGAGUGAUGGAUUUUAUCUGUUGAAGAAAGAUUCUCAGCGACGCACCACACUGGACAAGGUGCUGUACCACGAUGUAACGAAGAUCUGCGGAGUUUGGUUGGAAAAGAUAGAAUCGGACCGGAAGGAGAAGGUGGUCAUUACGCGGGCUCACCUCGAAACCCUGCUCAACGCACUGCGCCGCUACAUCGCGGAGCAACGCAAGGAAACGCUCGAGCAGGCGAUUGCUCAACUCAAGGAGCAGCUCGAUUUUGAUUCGACCGCUAUCGACCACCUGCACCUGGCGCUGUACUCAUUUCAGGACGCCGUCAUCACUGUGCUCCGGUCUCACAACAUCAAACCGCACUGGAUGUUUGCGUUGGACAAUCUGGUGAAGAGUGCAGUCCAGGCGGGUAUUAUGAUACUGUCACCGGAACUAGGCCGUAACCUCGCCGGUGACCCACCGAACGACGACGAUGACGACGACAACGACGAGAUGGGUGCUGGUGGUGGUGUUGGCGACGCCGUCGAUGGCUGUACAGCGACUAGUUGGCUUGGUGCGGCGAAGGGCGAAGCUCACGGCGACGGUCAUGGCAAUCCGCAUCCCCAAUCAAUGAUACGGGAUGAUCACGAUAGUGCUCGCGGCACUUUGGGUACCACCAAGUACGUCUUCAGUGAUGACGACGACGACGAGGAUGAGGCUGACGGCGAGGAGGAUGCGAACCGAAGCCAGAUCAUCGAUUCGUCCUGCAUCGCCGCCAUCUCCACCGACACGGCCGUUCGGACCACAAAGCGAAACAUAGCACUGAAGGUGGAAAACAUGAGACUGAAGGAGUGCGUCGUGGAAUCUCAGCGAGCGUACCAAGCCACCUUUCAGGCACUACUCAACAGUGGUACUUUAACACAGUGCCUCAGCAACCAAUUGGUCGCACUGUUGGAGGGCGGCGGUCGUGCCGAACGGUCUGGUACCAAGCGCCGAUCGCCGGACAGUGCCCAGCGAACAGCGAACCUCAACAACCACCGCCGUACGCCGGAAGCGAAAGAGGACGGCCCGGUGGAGAGGAUGGUACAGCAGGACGAGGAGAAGCGCGGUUUGCAGCGCUCGAGUGAUGGUGGCGAAAGCGAGACUCCGACCACAACCAUUGUUGAUCGUGACCGGAAGGCGUUGAACGGUUGGCUUGAACACCACGGCAUCGAUCGGUACGCCUCCCGUCAACGAAUACUGCGCGAAGGUUUUCGAUUUGACGAUUUUCUCUACGACCUCGAGCGCGAAGAUCUGCGUCGGUUGAAGCUGAGAAUGGGAGAAGAGCUACGCAUCUGGAGUGCGCUAAAAGUGCACCGAAAGUUACACCCCGCUCGUUACGCAAUCAACAACGAUGACGAUGCGGACGACAACGACGGUAAUGAUAGACGGGACUCACCAGCAGCCGUACCAAAUAACUGGCAGCUAAAUGUGACUCGCCCUUACCGCCAUCAACACCGCCGCCGUGUCAACCGACCUCAUCAACACCAACAGUACCAUGAGGAUGAUAUAGAAGAGACUAUGCCCAGCGACCUGGAGGCGACAAUCAGUGACGAUGCCCCGUGUCUCUGAUUUGUGCCAUAAUUUACACAAAACAUAUAAAUUAACGGGAAGAGGACUUUAUUGAAGCAGCGCGUACUUCCCGUAGUUGAUGAGGCCGGAAUGAAACCGGAAACACGCACAGUGCCUUGGCCUUCGGGCACACACAGAAUCUAACUUGCUUCGAGUUCUUUCUUCUUGCUGAUGGUCCAGGUGGUCCACCCUAACUAUAGCGUUAUCAGAUCGGAUCUAGAAACUAGAAACGCCGCGGUCAAUAAGCAUACCACUUUAAUUGUUUUGUCUAGACCUCACCACUAAUCAUAACCCAUCCUCUUGCCAACGAGGUGUGCAUGUAACUCUUAACGCCAUUUACGGGUUUUCACCCAUCGUCCACCAUGUCAUUCCUUUCACAAAAGCAAACUUAUACUUUAUUUUCCAUAACAUUGAACACACAGAAAGGUUUUUUUUGUGUAGAGAGCUAAGGAAUACAGGCGACAUAGGUGCGGAAAACUUGUGAACUCAGUCUGUUAGUAGAACAGUUAAAAUUUCAUUUUGCCACGCUACAGACUAUCAGCUGACACAGUUGGAAAGGGCAGAAAGAGUCUGUGCCAGCAGAUCGGCUUUCACCGCGCUACGCGUUGUUGGCCAGACAAUACACAUAGUUAAUUAAUUUGAUUUCAAUAAGUUAUCGCCCGUCAAUCCUUCAACGCUUCCAAGCGCAUUUGUUUACAUACAUUUUCGAU